UUGUGUGUGUUUGUGUGUGCUGUUGGUCACUAUGAUCAGUUUGUGUUGUAAUGGAGUGUGUCUGAUCCUUGUGUUUGUAGUGCAUUAAGGGUGUGUGACAGAUGAGCACACCUGAGGAGCGAUGUCAGAUCUUCAUCUGUCUGUCUGUCUGUAACACACAUCUGUAUCCUGUCUCUCCAUCUCACACACAUCCAGAAAAACAUCAUUGUUUCAGUUCAGCUUAUCUCUUCUCUCCCAAAUAUCCUGUUUCGUCGAGCUGCGCGUCCAGAAGCAGUAGAAAGCUCUUCCUGCUGCCGGCUGACUUCACUUCCAGCUUUAGCACAAUCUCAUCCGCUCCGAACCGCGCUCAGCAGAACCUCGUAACCCCACACACACACACACACACACACACACACACACACACACGAGGACGGCCGUCCUGCUCCAGCAUGGCCAGCACCAUCAAGGAGGCGCUGUCGGUGGUGAGUGAGGAUCAGUCUUUAUACGAGUGUUCGUACGGAGUGUCUCAGUUUAAGACGGACAUGACAGCGUCCGCCACCGGUGAAUACGGCCCGAGCAAACUCAGUCCCAGAGUGCAUCAGCAGGACUGGCUGGCUCCGCCCCCCAGACGCAUCACUGUCAAGCUGGAGUGUGGGGCGGGAUCCAGGGCCUCUCCUGAUGUGUGUUCUGCGGUGAAGGGGAAGGGUUCUCCAGUGAUGUACAGCAGCUUUAUGGAGCCCCACACGUGGAGCAGCGAGCGCAGAGUGAUCGUUCCUGCAGAUCCCAGCCUGUGGUCAGUGGAUCACGUGCGUCAGUGGCUGGAGUGGGCCGUGAAGGAGUACGGGCUUCCCGAGGUGGACCUGUCUCUCUUCCACAGCAUCGACGGGAAGGAGCUCUGCAAGAUGAGCAAAGACGACGUCCAGCGUCUGACCAGCAGCUACACGGCUGACAUCCUGCUGUCUCACCUGCACUACCUCAGAGAGACUCCACUUCCUCACUUGACCUCAGAUGAUGUUGACAAAGCCUUGCAAAACUCCCCGCGGUUAAUGCAUGCUCGCAAUACAGGAGGAGCCAGCUUCAUCUUCCCAAACGCCUCCGUCUUCCCUCCAGACGCCAGCAGAGCAGACACCAGUUUCCACGGCCGGCGCUCCGGAUGGAAUCAGUCGGCGUCUGCAGCUAAAGUUCCUCAGAGUCCUGCUGCCAUCAUGAGCAAAACCCAAGAGCAGAGAGCCCAGCUAGAUCCGUAUCAGAUUUUAGGGCCGACGAGCAGCAGGCUGGCGAAUCCAGGUUCGGGUCAGAUCCAGCUGUGGCAGUUCCUCCUGGAGCUUCUCUCCGACAGCUCUAACUCGUCCUGCAUCACGUGGGAAGGAACCAACGGCGAGUUCAAGAUGACGGAUCCGGACGAGGUGGCUCGGCGCUGGGGCGAGAGGAAGAGCAAGCCCAACAUGAACUACGACAAGCUGAGCCGAGCCCUGCGCUACUACUACGACAAGAACAUCAUGACCAAAGUGCACGGGAAACGCUAUGCCUACAAGUUCGACUUCCACGGCAUCGCUCAGGCCCUGCAGCCGCAUCCGCAUCCGCCCGAGUCCUCCGUCUACAAGUACCCAGCCGAGCUGUCCUACAUGAGCUCGUACCCGCAGAAGAUGAGCUUCGUGUCUCCACACACUCCGGCCAUGAGCGUGUCCUCGCCGGGCUUCUUCAGCGCUCCGAGUCCGUACUGGAGCGCUCCGGCGGCCGGACUCUACAGCGGCCCUCGACACCCCCCCGCACACAUGCCCUCGCAUCUGGGAUCCUACUACUAGAUGCCCACCACAUCUCCAGAACACACCUGACUGGAGAGAGAACCGUCC